AUGACGGAAAUCCUCUCUAUCCACGAACCAGUGAAAGAUGGCGGCGAGAGUGUGCCGGACGUCGACCCGGCGCUGGAACACGGUAUUGUGCGGAAGUUGGACUUCCACAUCCUCCCCUGGCUGUUCGGCAUGUGGUUCUUUUGCUUUUUAGACCGAAGCAAUAUUGGCAAUGCCAAAAUCGAAGGCCUCGACGAAGACCUUCAUCUGACGGGCGACGAGUUCAAUGUCGCACUGACAUUGUUUUUCGUUCCGUAUAUCCUCGUGGACGUGCCGAGCAAUUGGCUGGUGAAACGACUCAAGCCAGGCAACUAUCUCCCCGCAUUGACCGUCGGUUGGGGCCUUGUCAGCACCUUUCUCGGGUUUGUGCAAUCCUACGGGGGGUUGGUGGCAGCUCGAGUCGUCCUCGGCAUCUUUGAAGGUGGUCUGGCCGGGGGAAUCGUCCUAUAUCUGUCCACCUUCUAUCCUCGAAGACAGAUGGUUCUCCGGAUUGCUCUGUUCUAUUGUGCCGCACCAUUGAGCGGUGCGUUUGGCGGUCUUCUGGCCUCUGGUCUAUCACAGAUCCAGUGUGGAGGUUAUAAUCGGUGGCCCUGGAUCUUUUUCAUUGAAGGAGCAUUGACGACGGUCUUCGGCAUCUCGUCGUGGUUCUUUCUACCUCACAGCCCGGAGACGGCCUCUUUUCUGAUCGCAGAAGAGCGAGAGGCAGCCAGCCAGAGAAUGAUCCUGGAUUUCCAUGCCCAUGCGAGACAUGAUUAUUCCCGCGAAAAUCGAUUCAACUGGCACUGGGUAAGAAUUGGCAUUCUCGACCCCAACACCCUUCUCAACGCCCUGGGGUACUUGGCUAUCAUCAUUCCAAUAUACAGUUUCGCUUUUUUUCUGCCGACCAUUAUCAACACCCUAGGGUACUCCCCAUUGAUCUCUCAACUGUUGACGGUUCCGCCCAAUAUGGCCGGAUUCAUGACCGUCCUGUUGCUGGCCGCAUUAUCCGACAAGGUCAAUAUCAGAGGCCCGCUGCUCAUCGGAGGCUGUCUCCUUGCUAUCAUCGGGUAUGUCAUGUUGCUCGUCGGAAAGGAGCCGACCACCCGGUAUGGCGGCACCUUCUUCGUCGCCGCAGGGAUCUAUCCUUGUUCGCCCAUCACGCUGGGAUGGUUGGCCAACCAAAUCACCCCGCACUAUGCCAGGGCGACGGCCGGAGGCUUUCAAAUCGCGGUGGCCAAUCUGGCAGCCUUUGUGGCCACCUUUGCGUACUUGCCUCAGGACGCGCCAGAAUUUCGACUUGGCAAUUUUAUCAAUAUUGGAGCUCUGAUUCUUGCCAUUAUCACGACUGGGGUCAAUAUUGCUUAUAUCAAGUGGGAAAACGGCAAACGCGAACGAGGGGAGCGAGACUAUCGACUACGGGAUCAUGGAAUCGAAUGGCUGGGCCAUUUGCAUCCGAGCUAUCGCUACACGAUCUAG